AGAUCUUUGUAAGGGGUAAACGUCAAAAUCGAAUAAAUAGUCGUCUGCAGUGGCAGACGUCAUAAUACACGACAGAUGAGUAGAGUGGGGUGCGAGCAAGUGUCAAUUUGAUUAUUGUUGUCGGUUUGAUAUAACAGUGCGGAUUACAGUCUGUUAUUUACUACCGAUGAUUGAGAAAUUACGCUUAAAAAUUUUUGCGGGUGCCACGGGGAGGCGAGAAGGGCCACCCUUUUAAUUUCGGGGAAGGAAUGACGCUGGAAGACCCCUUCUUUGUCGUCAAGGACGAGGUGUGCAAGGCUCUAAAUAAAACACGAGCAUUAUACGGGCGUUGGACAGAGUUACAAGAUGGGUCGAAUGCAACAACAACUCCAACUGUAGUCGGAGGACUUCCGGUUUCGCGUGAAGAACUUGAGUGGACGACCACGGAAUUGCGGAACGCUCUCAGGUCCAUCGAGUGGGAUUUAGAAGAUUUAGAGGAUACGAUCUGUAUCGUAGAAAAGAAUCCAAACAAAUUUAAAAUCGAUAAUAAGGAAUUAACCAUCCGAAGAAACUUCAUAGAACAGACUCGUGAGAUGGUUAAGAUUAUGAAAGAAAAAAUGAAUGUAAGCAGAGGACGAGACCGUGAUCAUACCGCGAGACAGCCCCUGCUGGACAACAGUCCAGCAAGAGUUCCCGUCACUCAUGGAACAACAAAGUACAGUAAGCUGGAAAAUGAAAUGGACAGUCCUAACCGGCAGUUCCUUGCGGACACGCUACAGCAGCAAAGCACAAUGAUGCAUCAACAAGACGAGCAGCUAGAUAUGAUUGGAGAAAGUAUUGGUACCCUGAAAACCGUCUCUCGUCAGAUAAAUACAGAGUUAGACGAACAAGCUGUAAUGCUAGAUGACUUUGGAAAUGAGCUGGAAGUAACAGACUCAAAAUUGGAUGCGACAAUGAAGAAAAUGGCAAAGGUCCUUCACAUGAGCAAUGUGCAUCGCAAGGUCAGAGAGAAAAAUACGUGCAAUUUAGCAAAAUCUGAUAACCUAAAUCAAUUGAGGGCUGGAUGGAUUAAUGACAUGACACUAAGAGUUUACAGUUUACAGCGGAUUAGCCUGAUUAAAUGGUAUUUUCCUCGUCUAUAAAAUAACACGAUUCUUGGGGGUGAAUAUAUGAUUGAAUACAUUGAAAUGAAUGCAUGUAUUCCAUUUACAUGGCAUAGUCUUACUCAAACGAAACACUUUGGUGCACAUGGGCUACCAAUUUCGACAGUAUCCGGAAUUUCGUUCUUAGCCACCUUUCAAGAAAGUAACUCAGAUUUAUAUCUCCUAUCUCUUGAUGUGGGAAUGUAUAACACUGGGUAAGUUAUAAAUUCAAAUCUAGUUUCCAUGGCGAGUACUGUCAAAAUCAGUCACCAUGCAUCCAACAAAAAGUGUCCUGUUGCAGCAAAACUAUUCCACAUGUGUGUAAAAAAAAGUCCUUUACCUAAUAUGUGCUUUAGACAAUAAUGUACCAUCUAUUUGAACAAGAAAUGGUAAAGAAAAAUUAUAAUGUAACUUUUCAAGAGUUUCAGCUAGUCAAAACUAUGACGGUAGGUAUUUUAAAUACUAUCAUCCCAAAAGUUGUGUCAAUAUAAUUACCUAUUAGACAUGUGGUAUGUACAUAGUUACCACUGUUAAAGGUCAGAGAAAUAUUGAACGGGAUGUACACAUGAGUUUUCAAUUAGUAAGAGUAAAAUUAUACGUAGAGGGAUCAGCAAAUGGCAUCAAAUUUGCAUAAUGAAAUAAUGUCAUUCCUAUACCUAGUCUAACAAGACCUGAAGUUACAAAAAUUUGUAUACAUAUAGCAUAGUGUUACGUUAGGUAUUAAAAUCAUGUUGUUGACAACUACUAUGAUUAUAAUACAUAUGUUAUGAAACUGUUGCAGAACUGAUUGAAGCGUUGAUUCAGAAUUUAUAGAACCGUAGAAUCUCAGCUGAUCAUUCUGUUGUUGCGACUUCGGAAAAUGUACUUGUAUACCUAGAUGAACAGAUAAAACGUUGAUAGUUUCUGGGAAGCGGAUGUUAACUAUUGUAAAUGAUGUUUUUGAAAGAAAUUAGACAUUCAAUCCAAAUAUUCGUAUUUGUUGAGAGAUUUUAGAAAACUGUAAUCAGUGGUCAUUGUGACAAACUGAAAAGUAAUUCAUCUUAAUCGAACACCAAAUGAUUACAUACCACACUGAGUUGUAUUGUACCCCAGACUACAUAUUCUAGUAAAUUAAAACUUCCUUAAAAGUUGCAAAAUAUAAAUUGAAUACGUUUGCAGCUAAUUUAAAGAAAUGAAGACGAUACUGUUCUGAAAUACAAUCCUGACAAAAUCAACAUUGUUAACUAGGCUCAUUUUCAAACGCAUAUCAGUUUUAGAUUUUAUCAGUUACCAUUUUUGAAUAGUUAGAUUUCUGCCAAAAACAACUUCUAUAAUAUGGAAUUUAGAGAUGCUUGCAAAUAAUGAAUGUUCAAAGGAAUGUAAGAAGAAAAUCUACACGUUAACUCUAACCAUUAUGGUAUAUAUAUACUGUACUGCUUGGCAGUGAUUUAAUUUUUUGAUAAGUUUUGAUUACACCUUUUAAGUUUAAAAACACUUGAGUCCCCAAAAUGUUGUUGAAUAUUUAAACAAUUUGAAAGAUCUGAUAUUACAAAAAUAAUAAUAAACUUCAAUGUUAAGGUCUUCUUCUGAUUGUUGGUAUUAAAGUUUAAACUAGGGUAAGACUUAUUUGUGUUUCAAAUUGUUACAUAUUGUCUCUCACAAAAUCAACAAAAUAAAAAAUGUAAUUUUAUAAGUGGCGCAUGUGAUGUUACUUUCCGUUUGUUUUAGAUCGGAGACAAUGGGUAGCCAUUGGCGUCUUGACUGCGAUAUUGGUACUACUAAUUAUUUUGUUUAUAAUUAAGUGAAUAACUUAUUUCAUUUUACAGACUGUUCAUCAAUUAAAGUGAUUAAUUUUCUUACUAGAAUUUAAAUGUAAUCCAGUGUACACGUAUACAUAUUACAUACAUAUAUGUAUAUGUGUAUUAUAUAUAUAUAUGUAUAUUAACUUUUGUUAAACAGCAUAUUUAUUUACCAGAGUACCGUUUUACCGAAGAUAAAUAAAAAGAUAUUUACGUUGUUGUUAGAAACAAAGUGCCAUGUACCAUACAUAUAAUGUUAACUUGUCCUUUGUAUAAUGGAAGAAAAAUCAAUAUCUCGUAAAAUAAAGGUAGUCACCUUGAA